GCUGAGCCCAAACCCUAAAUUAGAGUCGAAAAACGAGCGUCAAUGAAAAAGAGAGGUCCCCAAACGUUCGCGGACAUCCCUCAUCCCUGCCUUUUCGAUUUUGGGGGAGAAUAAACCCUAGCUCUUGCCCUCGCACCCGAUCCGUCGUACCCUCUCGUGCUUUAGGGCUUCGAGAUCGUCGACCGUGAUGCCACGGCGGCCAUGACGACGCCGGCGGAGACGAAGAGGGACAACCGGCCUGCCGGGUGCGGCGGUGACGGCUGCGGCGUUCGCGACACCUGGCUGCUCCACCACGUUCGUCACCGAACCGUUUUCUGCCGCCUUUGCACUAAUUGCGUCCUUCGCUACCACCCUGGCUGCUUCUGCGCUUCCUGCUUCGAUCUCCUCCUCGACGGGGGCGCCUGCCCCGUCGUCCGUUGCUCUCGAUGCCCUUCCGUCUCCCACGCGGCCUGCCUUCCCGACCCCGCUGGCCCCUUCUUCUGCUCUAGCUGCUCCGAUGCCGGUAGUUCCGCCACCUAUUUCCCUCUUGGUGCGGAAAAAUCGGUGGAUCUCAAGUCGGCUAAAGUUCUUCUGGCUGCUGCCCAGUUGGCCGCCGCAUCGAUGAGCCGGGCGGCGUCAUCUUCCAGGGCAGAUUCUGAUAGAAAGGUCAAGGAAGCUGCAAUUGCAACGAAGAGAGCGAGGGAAGCACUCGAGAGGGUUAUUUUACUUUCCAAGGCUGAGAAGGAGAAGAAGAAAAGUGAAGCCCAUCCAAAUGUUUCAUUGAGUUCUAAGCCUGAAGUUGUGGAUCAUAAGAAAAAGAUGCCAAAGUUAAACAGUGCGGUAGCAGCCAUGGUGGGACAGAAGGUUCAGAACAGGGAGAGGGAUCGAUGGAUGAGGUUUCAGGAGCCGAUCAGGGUGGCCCAGAAGCAAGUCCAGGUCAAUGCAGAAGGUAAGAACAAGGUGGAUUCUAUGGUAGGGAUGCAGAGCCAUGCACAGAACGUUGAGACAGAGCGUAGGUUGAUUGCCAUCUCACAUGCUCCGAAAGCUGUGGGUCAAGGGGAGAGGGAUGAAAGAGGAGCCCUCAAAGGUUCUCAAGGUGGACAUGUUAAGGAUGACGUAGUUGUUGGUACUUGCUGAUAGUGUUCCUAGGAUUCCUGAAUCAACUCAAGAUACAUGUGGGACAAAGAUUAUGAAGCUGUCAAAGCUAGUUACUUAGUACCCCUAUUAUGCAGUUUGGAGUUGAUUGGUGCGUUGUGUACUUUAGAUAGCACGGUCAAUGUUUGCUUGCAGUCAUUGGAAAUUGUUAGGUGCAUUAUGUACUCCUAAUUUCUGUUUAAUGAAAUGCCUUUAUUUGAUCUA